GCAUAAACUGGUAUUAAAGCAGAAGAACUGUUGGUUUGAGGGAAUUCAGCAACAUGCUUGCAAACCCUGCAUUAUUACUUUUGGCGGUACUCGUACCAUCAGUCGCGCCAGCUGUUCUCUGUGGUAAUGCUGGUGGUGUUUUGGACGAAACUGUUAUCAACGAAGAAAUACUAAAACCACUCAACGCUGAGCGUUCGAGAGUUGUGAGAGGAAAAGUUGCUUCGCUUCCGGCGGGAAAGAAAAUGAACAAAAUCAGGUGGAGCUGCAAUUUGGAAAACGCAGCUAAAGCUGCAUUGGAUGCUACGACCUGCGCUAAAUCACCGCAGUCUGAUGUAAACAGUGCAGGCGUGUACUUGACACAUGACGCUGAUAAUGCAACGAUAAAGACGAUGAUGGAUAGUAUGCUUAGUAACAUAGACGUAUGGGCAGACGCAAACCCGAGUCCAUUUACUUCAAAAAACAAUAAAGUUGCGAGCACAAGCGCAAGCGGCAACGCAGAUCUUAUUCGAGGUUCCAUGACAAAAAUCGGAUGUGCACAUACAGAUUGUGAAGAUGAGGACGAAAUAACACAAAGAAUUUUUUAUUGCCGUACAGACCAACCACCACUCAAGAAUGGCAAUACUAUCUAUGUUACACCAGAUGGAGGUUGCAAAACUAAUGCGGACUGUGAUGCAAUCAAGGGAGAAAUCUGUGAUACUAACUCGGGGUUAUGUGAGAUGAGCUCGACAACGGUCCCCAUAACAAGUGUCACCACUUCCACUACGGCAACCACUACAACGACUCCAAGCUAUCCCGGCGAGCUACCCACCGGUCAGAAUUACGAGUGCGGUAACAAUGUCGGAAUGAACGAUGAGCUUAGGAAGCGCUUCCUCGACAUGCACAAUUAUCGAAGAAGCAAUCUUGCUCAGGGAAUGGUCCAAAGACCAAGCGGAAGAUAUUUACCGCAAGGAGCAGACAUGAUCAAAUUGAGAUAUAAUUGCGAUUUGGAGAAGGACGCUAUAGAAGAAGUACGACAAUGUCCCACAUAUAAGACGGGAAACGUUAUAUAUGGGAAGAACUUUGACUCUUCCCCAUCGACGAUCACGUCGACUUUCAGAAGUGCUGUAGAAAAGGCCGUGAGUAAUUGGUGGAAAAUCGUUCGCAAGGAUAACCAGGGACCAGGAAUGAAAGUAACAUUCCGUCAGAAGCACGUUGGUACACCUAUAGAAUCGUACACCCAGGUAAAAACGAAGUGA